AUGGCUUUUUCCCAACCCCCGCCGUCACGCCUCUCUGAGCUGCCCAUUGUGCUGGUACCCGAUGUCGACGAUGAGGAUGUGGACUCGGGAGCGGGUCUCGAGCUUGAUACCCGGGCGCCACAGGAGAAAUCGCAGCCGUCUCCCGCUCCGCAGCACCCGAUUCCCUCCAUGCAGCAAGCCUUUGCCGAAUCGUUACUAGAGGCAACAAACGGUGCCAAUGCGACGAAACCCAAGUUACGGACCGGCGAUGCCAAAGCAAGGCGGGAAGAGCUGCUCGACCAGGGCGCGUCGGAUCCUCCCCCAACUGCGCUGUGGCGCUGCCGGCCGGGCCAGCAAACGCACGAGCUUUGCAGGCUGAUGGCCCAGAUUUCGUUUGGUGUCUAUCUGCUGCUGAAUGGCAUGGCCAACAGCCAGAUUCUGGUCGUCUCCAUCCUGCAGGGCCACAUCGACGAGGUAGACGAGUUCCUGGAGACGACGCUGGAGGACAUGGACCUUGCCACCAAGGACAUGGAGGAACGGAUCAAGCAUUUGAAGCUGCCCAUGGAUAAUAUUGAUGUGUUUGAGCGAAUGCUGGAGGAUCGCAAUUUUCGCAUGCAAAUCCUCGAGGGCAACCAAAAGAUCGAGCAUAUCUUGGCACGGACCCAGAUUGCGCUGAAACAGACCACGCAAGAUCUGUCCGAGGGUCUCGCGGCAACCAGGGAGUUUACCAUCUACCUGGCCGAGCAACAGCACGGGAGCUGGCGCCGGGAGCGCCCUGAUGUGACCGACAUUUUCGAUGCUAUGAGGGGCAAUACUGACGGGUGGUUCAACGCUUUUAUGGACCUGCAAGUCAAGGGGAGUGCUUUGAACGCUCUCAUUGUAAGAUUAACAGAUAUCAUCUCGGAGAUGGAGCGGCGGGCAGGCGAAGUUAGCCGCAAGACUCGGUUCAGCGUUCAACCUUUCACUUCUCCGCAGCAUAGCCCCCAACCAUCAGAUGCCUCUUCGGUCACAACUCCUCCAACUUCUCCGCCGAGAAAGAUAGCCAAUUCCCCUCCGCGGAUAUCGUUACGGUUGAGCACGAUCAAAACGGUCGAUUUAUCGAUUGAUGUUGGAUCGCGGACGACCGUGGAGGAGGACCUGGAGCAGCGCCGCUUGACUGAGCAGCCAAGCCGGGACGGAGCCACGCCGCGGUCGCUCCUGAUGGUAACUUCCAGGUCGCCGCCCCCGGAAGAGACGCCGCCCGAGUCGCCGUUAGAACUUCCGCCCCGGUCACCCCCUGCUCGGAAUCCUCGCCGGCUUUCCAAUUGGCCGUCGACGCUGUUAGAAGCACCUCAACCCGAAGUGCCCAAGCAACCCGACGAGGAGGAGGCGGAGGAGGGCACCUUAUAUAUUUUGCAGCCAAGAACAUAUACGCCUCAACUUCCAUCACCACAGCCCUCGCCUCGUAUCAUGCAACCAGCGUCCCGCCUUGGUGGUCAGCCGCCCGAGACGGAAAGGGAAGCCAACAGGUCCCGAGCGGAAUCGUUUGCUUCUUCGGUGGAAUCAGCUGCGCAAGUGACCAUUGAACACGCGAAACCACGGGUGGAACAAGUGUUGUCGAAGCCACAGGCACACCGACCAAGAGUCGUUGAGAUUGGCGCAAGAUCAGACCCAAAGCUGACUCCAAGGACGAGUCAGAGAUUCCAGCCCAUAUCCAGGCCAGACCCGACUCAAGCACCGGAACUGGUAAUUUCAGGGGAUCCCGAGGUACAUACGGCGCAGAGGACGUCGCUCCGGCAACGUGUUUCGCUGAAGACGACGCCGCCGGAGUCAAUUCACGUACCGCCGCCAAACGCCCUCGGGCUGCAGGGGCCAUUGCACAUAGCACCCCGUACUUACCAAGCGCCAGAUUCCGCGUAUGGGUCGGAUAUGGAGCGGCCUCCUGUCAACUCCAUGGCAUCCAUCAACUCGUCUCUCGCGGAUGUCUCACCACCCUCUAUCCACUAUCCGGGAAUGAUUCCCUCGCCGCACUCUGAGAGACAAUUCUUCCGCCCGGUGCAAGCCAACCCGUACUCACCGCUGCAGCAGCGACCACACACAUCCGGAACUGUCGGUCCCCAUCAUUUCCCGGCCCCACCGAGGCACACGCCCUCGGCAAUGGGGAUGAGCAUCAUGAGCCGGGGGACGACCAUGACCAAUCAGACGGCGGGCAGCAAAUCGGUGAAGAAGAAGCGCAGCGCCUUCGGCUGGCUGAAAAAGGCCUUUUCGCUGGACGAAGAGGAGCGCGCCGCGUUCGAGCAGAGGAGAAAGGAGCAGGUGGCCAACAACCCGUAUUACGAAGGCAGGAGCCAGGAGUUUCUCGACGGCAAACGCAUCCGGCCACGUCAGGUUUAG